AUGGCCUUCAAAAGUAUGGCCUGCGUUCCCCCAGAAGCUACCCGUGGGGUCAAAACAAUCAACCGCGUCCGCCAUGGAUCCGACAGCGACAAGGCUACUACCAUGGCCACCCCCUUCUCGGAUCGACCGAAUCGUGGAUCCGACACCGAGAUUGUCUGGGCAUCGCCCUCAGAACCCGCCCCUGUGUUUUCAGGCGAUGGCCGCGCCAGGCGUGCGAGAGGUUCAAGCGAUGACAACGAAGACGAACCGCCUAGCGGGUUUAUUAAUGAAGACUUGAGGGCUGGAGGGCCGUACCUCUGCCCGCUUCCAGUUUCAUUGUUUCCGUUCCCAAGAACCCAUCCCCUUGCUAUAGAAACAGACCGCGAUCCCGGGCAGUUAUUCAAUGCUAUCCGAUCCAUCUUAGAGGCACACUCUAUCACAUUUAAUUCAAUUGACUUUUGUCAAUGCCAAGCUGAGUGGGAUCCUGAAGAACCUAGGAUACCGACCAUUCUUAUUUCCGCGAGAAAGUCACAAUUGGAUCGAACAUGGCUUCAUGCCAGCAGAGAGAUCCAUGGUCUUCUUCAGAAGAAGAAUUUGAAUGAUGUGUCUGUUGAGAUAGCAGAUCCUCGAGUGUUUGAGCCUAUGCAAUAUGAUCCCAUUCACCCUACUGAUACAAUCUACCCAAAAUGGGAUGCUGUCUGUGCUGCAAUCUUGGAUCUAGGCAUCAACAAUUGCCGGGCUAUAGAGUGUUUUCGAUAUGGAAGGGGCACUGAUGGCAAGAAUCCACAAACAAUCAUUGUCACAGUAUCUCCCUCUGAGAGUAAAUAUAAACAGACCCGAGAACAGAUAGUCGACAUCCUCAACAAUUUUGAACUGCCAACGGUCGGCGUGAUCAUUGCUAAAGGGGAAAUUGAAAGAAGUGCUACGCCGUGGAUGUUACCGUGGGAUGACAUGAAGGACGCUGGGCAGGCUGGCCUCAGCCUUGGGAAACAUGGAAUAUCUAACUCGUCCGGGACCUUUGGCGGCUGGGUAGAAAUCCAGGAUGCGACCACUGAAAGAUGGAUACAGUUAGGCCUAACAUGCUUCCAUUGUGUUGAUCCAAAAGAACAGGCAAAUACCGCACCGCCACAACUUCUCACCAGGUGGUAUACAAAUGGGAUCUCCGCAAAUGAUGCUGAUGCCAAGGAAUAUUUGAAGGUUGACCAGCCAAGCAUGCAUGAUAUUGAAAAUGAACUGGCAGUACUUGAUGAAUUUAUCAAGGUUGAUCAGAACCACAAAUGCUAUGCCUCAAUUCAGACAGCUCUACAAGCUGAUGAAUUCAUAACCCCCCCUGACUCUGAAUUAUACAAGAGCAUCAAAGCCUCCCUUCAGAAACAUAUGGCCAAGAAAUUGCAUAUUGAACAAUUUCGUGAUUCUGGAGCUCCCUAUCUCAGGCAUGUCUAUGCAGGUUCUGGAUAUCGCGAAAAGCCUAUAUUGAGAGAAAACCAUAGUGAUUAUGAGGCGAUUAUGGACUGGGCAUUAAUUGAUGUUGAAGACUCCCGUGUUGGGGACAACAAUAUCACCAUACAUGGGACGCCAAUUUUUCACGCAAUCCAUCACCUGACCACCCUUAGGAAUUGGGACGUGAUUAGGCCUUUAGUUAGCAAUGAGGACAGUGGUACUGAUGACCUUUAUAAAGUCGGCCGGUCGACCAGAUUUACAGCUGGGCGGUACAAUGGCAUCAAGAGCGCUCAUGUGGCCACCAAGAUCAAUGAACAUGGUGAACAGGAAACAAAAGUGACAAUGGAGCAUGCUAUUGUUGGCAUAUCUGGAAGGUUUUCCAACCCUGGUGACUCUGGUUCUUUUGUUUUCACAAGGUAUGGGGAGGUCAUUGGGAUGAUUUUUGGGGGACACACACAGGGUCCAAUAAGCUACAUGACGCACAUUUCAGACCUCUUUGAUGACAUUAAAGCCAUCACUGGAUGCAUUGGGGUACGGAUUUAUGCAAAGCGGUAUGUACUUUUACCGCCUCUCCUGUGCCAAAGAAUGCCGCUGAUUACUCGAAUUCAAGGAGCCCAAACCUUCGUUCUCCCCCCUUGA